AUGGAUUUUCUAAAUGAACAUGCUGACCUGCCUUGUCUCCCCCUCUCUCUUGACUCUCUUCCAGAUGCAUCCGUCUUCGGAGGGGAACCUGGUUUCUACGGAGACGAUGCUACAGGUUACGGGCCGGUGUUUGAGGAUCARCCGGUCGAAACCAUCUACCCYGAGGAGUCGCCUGAGGCCAAAAUCACCAUGAGCUGUCGAGCACGAGCCAACCCACCUGCCACAUACCAGUGGAGGUUGGACAGCCGGAACAUAGACCUGGAUGGUGAUAACCAUUACACUCUGGUCGGGGGCGACCUGGUCAUCUCUAACCCCAUCAAGAACAAACACGUUGGGAACUACUCCUGUGUGGCCACCAACGACUACGGCACCGUGGUCAGCCGAGAGGCUGGCGUCCAGUUUGGAUACCUGGACUUCUUCUCGUCUGAGGAAAGAGAGGCGGUGCACGUGAAGGAGGGCCAGGGGGCAGUCCUGCUCUGCGCUCCUCCUCCACACUACCCAUACGAGCUGUCAUUCCGCUGGAUUCUGAAUGAGUUCCCCAUCUUCAUCACGCUGGAUAAACGUCGCUUUGUCUCCCAGACCACAGGGAACCUCUACAUCUCUAAGGUGGAUUCAUCAGACAGUGGCAACUACUCCUGCUUCGUCUCCAGCGCGUCCAUCGCCAAGAGCGUCUUCAGCAAGUUCAUCCCCCUCGUCCCCCUGGCUGAACGUCCAAUCAGGAAAUACCCCGCUGACAUCAAAGUCAAGUUCCCAGACACUUACGCGCUGGUGGGACAGAAUGUUACAAUGGAAUGCUUCGCCCUGGGAAACCCCAUCCCUCAGAUCCGCUGGAGGAAGAUGAACGGAGAGCUGCCGUCCAAUCACGACGUCAGCAUGGCGGGCGCCCGCCUCCACCUGUACAACGUGCAGUAUGAGGACGAGGGGACAUACGAGUGUGAGGCCCUCAACUCCAAAGGAAAGGACUGGCACAGGGCACGGGUCUCUGUAGAAGCAUUCCCAGAGUGGACAGAGUCCAUCAACAGUACAGAGAAGGACAUCAGUAGUGACUACACCAUGUCCUGUGUGGCUAGCGGCAAGCCCAAACCCCGCGUACAAUGGCUCAAGAACAGCUAUCCCUACGAUAAGCGUGAUUUGAGGUUCAGUGGUCUGACGUUUAAGGACUCUGGGAUGUACCAGUGUAUAGCAGAGAAUCGCCAUGGAGUCAUCUAUGCUAACGCAGAGCUGCGAGUGAUUGCGUGCGCCCCCACGUUUGAGCACAACCCUGUGAAGUGGAGGAUUCUGGGAGCUAAGAACGGCAGAGUGGUCAUAGAGUGUAAACCGAAAGCAGCUCCCAAACCCUCGUUCUCCUGGAGCAAGGGCGCCGAACUGCUCUUCAACUCUACCAGGGUGUUAAUCUGGGAGGAUGGUAGUCUGGAAAUUCUGAAUGUGACCGAAGCAGACGAGGGGCGUUACACCUGCUUUGCUGAGAACAAUCGGGGCAAGGCCAACAGCACAGGCUCCCUCUCCAUCACAGAGGCCACUAAGAUCACCUUGGCUCCUUCCAACGCAGACGUGACGGUAGGGGAGAGUACCCACAUGCAGUGCGCCGCGUCACAUGACUCCACGCUGGACAUCACAUUCGUCUGGACCCUGGACGCCCACGCCAUCGACUUCGACCGGGAGGGAUCCCACUAUGAACGCAACCUGGUAAGAGACGAGAAAGUGGAGCUGCUCAUUAAGAACACCCAGCUGAAGCACUCUGGACGUUACACCUGCACCGCCCAGACCCCUGUGGACAACGUCACCGCAUCCGCCAAUCUGGUAGUCAGAGGUCCACCUGGGUCUCCAGGUGGGGUGCGUGUGGAGGAGAUCAGGGAUAAGAGUGUGCGUCUGAUUUGGAGCCGAGGUACAGACAACCACAGCCCCAUCUCUAAAUACACUAUCCAGUGCCGGGACUCGUUCUCUCAGGAGGACUGGAGAGAUGCCACCACAUCCCCUCCGGAUGUGGAAGGAAAUGCAGAGACAGCCACGGUGGUGGACUUGCUUCCCUGGACAGAGUAUGAGUUCAGGGUGAUAGCCACCAACACCCUGGGGACAGGAGACCCCAGCAGCCCCUCUCCCAAAGUCACCACGCUGGAGGCAGUUCCUGUGGUGGCUCCCUCAGACAUCGGCGGCGGUGGCGGGACCAGCAGGGAGCUGACCAUAACUUGGACGCCGGUGCAGCCACAGUACUACUAUGGACGUAACUUUGGCUACAUCAUCGCCUUCAAGCCCCGGGAUGGCUACGAGUGGAGGAAGGUGACUGUGGCAGACCCCGAGGCUAAACACUACGUCCACAAAGACUCAUCCAUCCUCGCCUCCACAGAGUUUGAGGUCAAAGUCAAGGCCUUCAACAGCAAAGGGGAAGGACCCUAUAGUCUCAUGGCUGUCGUCUACUCUGCGCAGGACGUGCCAUCUAAAGCCCCUACUAGUGUGGGGGCCAGGGCGCUGUCCGCCACUGAGGCCAUCGUGUGGUGGCUUCCUGUCACCCAGCACACCGUAGAAGGCUACCAGGUGCGGUACUGGAGGAAGGCGGAGGACAGCGAGACGUCCAGUCAGAGGGUGGUGGUGUCCAGCAGAGAGAACCAGACCAGGCUGGAUAAUAUGACGCCAGACUCCCACUACCUCGUAGAGGUCAAGGCCUACAAUGCAGCCGGAUACGGACCCAGCAGCCAACACUUACAGAUCUACAYCAAGAAAGCCCCCCCAAGYCGGCCUCCUAAAAUAAUCAGUAAAAAGCUGAAAGGCACAUCAGUGAAUAUCGCCUGGGAACAUGUUGAACCCUUGGCCAACGAGUCAACAAUAGAUGGCUACAAGGUCCUGUACAGGCAGGCCAGCAAAUCCACUGGGAUGCUGUUUACCACUGGGAAGCGGUCCAUAGACCUGCCCAUGCACAAGGAUGGGGACUACAUAGUGGAGGUCAGGGCUCACAGCGAGGGAGGGGACGGGGCUGUGGCCCAAGUACGCAUCUCAGGCGGAGGCGUCAUGGCUGCCAAGUCCCUCAGCUUGGCCUCCCUGCUCCUGGUGGCUCUGCUCUGCCUGAUGGGCCUCUGAAUGUAGCGCCAUCUUUAUCUGUGAAGGAGACUCUGUGAAGUUGACGCCUAUCUAUGACAACUUUGGUUUCCACAACCUCUGGUUUCACCCUGCAGGCCAAAAACCCAUAUUCCCCGUUUCGAGGAAUAAGGCUCUGUUUGUGGAAAAAGACACAAUACGAAAUUUGGACAAAGAAGAUAUCUGGGAUCUCUCUUAUUUUAACCCUACAUUAUCUUUGAAGGAGGAGCGUCUAAGGAGGUCUUUCAACUUUUUCAAUAUGCCUUAUAUGUAAACGGUUACACUUAUCUUUCACAAUGCCAUGACUUGCUCUUGACUGGGUGAGGUGUUAGUGCAUAGGUACUGCACAAAGAUGGCAGGUAACUGUUUCAAACAAUAUUGUGAUACAGGCCUUUCUUGUUCAUUCAUGAAGGUACAGUAGCUUCAAAGUGUGUGUUUUAUUUGAUGUAUGGCAUUAUGGACAAUUGUUACAACAUAGCAUUCCAUAUAUACUGUAUAUAUAAGCUUAGCAGGUAAUAUAGCUGUGAAGGAUAAGUGUAUGAGUUUAUGAAAAUGUCUUUAUGUGUUUUAAUUGCAUUUCAGUGGCUUUUUCUUUCCCUCUUUCGUUUCUUUUCAAGAUGAAUUACACCAUCCCCUUAGAGGUACAGUCAAACCACAUCCUAAGAUGUUUCUUAUCAAACAUCAUCAGACAAAAAGAGCAAUUCAUGUAAUACUAAUAUAAUAUAUGCAACGUAUAUGGUUUUGCUAUCGAAUAAGUACAUAUAGCCAGUACAUAUAGCUUACUAUUAUCGCUGUAACUUCUUUGUUCAGAGAAACAUAGAUUUUUUAUCUCACAAAAACAUGCUUAUUUCCAACUCAUAWCAUUCUCUAAAAUGAAUAGACCAGUUUACAAGUGUUUGCAUGUCGACAUUGUUAUCGGAAAGAUUUUCCUGACAAAACAAGAGAAACUUCUCAGCCAGAGUGAUGCGAGCAUUUUUAGCACAUGUGUAUGUAAAAGUUGAAUGUAUUGACAAACUGUUGGGAACAAGAAAUUAGCUUGAAAACAUAUCAGACCUGCAGUUUGUAUAUAUCCAUAAAAAUGAUGCUGAUUCAUGA